GGAAAACUUCUUGCAAGCGCCUGGCCCUCUUCGUAUUCGCACAGAUUUGCUCGAACUGUAACAUUAACUAUAUCCGUUGCAUCUCUGCGGCCGGAUGAAUUCUUGCACAUGCCUUUCAAGCGACCACUGAGCUCGCAUACUAGUGAUGAUGAAUCUAUAUCUUCUCACGACGGACCUUCUUCCAAACGACACAUUUUGCCAUGCAAUAUCAAGGAGGAGAAACUCCUUCUGGUGUACAUCUUACAGGCCAAAAUCCAUCCGGAAACAAUGUCUGAGCUCGCUGCGCUAGUCGAGAACUAUAAAUCUGAGCGUGUUAACAAGAGUCACCAAGAGCCAAGCGUUGUCAGUAAACUCAACAUUGAACUCACUAGCCAUGCUGAAAAGGCGGAUGUCAUUGUCACGGGAACCAACAUGAGGCGACGCCUGGAAAGGCACAUUGAUUGGAGCAUUGCGAAAACGAAGGCCAUUGUAACACCGUUAUGGCUUCGCGAUUCCGUGACGUCCGAUCGGCCCCUUCCGUGUGGUAGUUACGUUGCGAUCCAUGACAUAGAGGACGAAACCUCGCGAAAUUAUGACAUAGUCCAAGACACCUCAUCCAGCAGUCCGUUUCGCUUUUCCUCUGGGCCAGAGAAAGAAACCUCGUGGCAGACAGAACCAGAUGAACCCAUAGAUGCUACCGAAGUGAAGUCAUUGUCGCACAAUGCGAAAUACAGUUGCCUGCGAUCAUCGCCACUUGUCUGCCCCAAUCAAACUCUGGUAAACGAAAUUGAUAUCAUUCGACGUGGUAGGAACGUUGAAGGAGAGGAAAGAAGUAUGCUUAGCUACUCGAGGGCUAUUUCUGUUAUCAAAGCUUACCCGCAUGUCAUAACGGAACGCAAUUUCCAAGAUCUUCGUGAGCUACCGUUUUUGGGAGAGAAGCUCCUCUCAAUGAUCGAGGAGUUUCUAAAGACGGACCGAAUAACCGAUGCGCAGAAAAUAUUGGCCGAUCCGCGGUUUCAAUCACUCUCUGCUUUCAUCACGAUACACGGCAUCGGACCCCACAGUGCUCGGCGUCUUUACGACCUUGGUCUUCGCACGCUCGAGGAGCUUGAACGAUAUUAUGAAGUUAGACCAGGCGUGUCUGACGAGGAGACUAUGUCACUACUUGAUACCGAAGUAAGCGCAAACACAGAGGAUGCAGUGGAAAAGUCGAUUAAGAUCGGGCUGGCUCUGCGACAUGACUUGAGCCAGACCAUUCCACGCGAUGAAGUGGAAGAAAUAAAUCGGACCAUCAUGCGAGAACUCGGCCAUGUCCAGAAAGGAUGCAAAAGUGUGAUUGCUGGAGGUUACCGCCGAGGAAAGCCGCAAAGCAAUGAUGUUGACAUAGUCAUUACCCAUGCAGACUGGCACAUAGGGUCACAGAAAGUAAAGGGUCUAUGUAGAAAACUUGUGCAACGACUGUAUGAACAAGGCUUCGUCACACAUGUCAUGCAUCUUUCAGGAUUCCAUAAACACAAAGCGCUCCGCACUCAUCACUGGGACUCAUUGGAGAAGGCCCUAACUGUGUUUGUAUGGCCCCACAAUUUAUCGCGGCGGAGAGUUUAUCGACGUGUCGAUCUGAUUUUUGCUGCACCGGAAGUAUUUUGGACUGCUGUUGUAGGGUGGACUGGGUCGACAAUGUUCCAGAGAGACCUACGGUUAUGGGCGAAGCAGAAAAAGGGAAUGAAAUUCGACAGCUCUGGAAUAUCACGACGCCACGAUUCAAAAUUGUACCAUCCCAGCACGGAACGUGAUGUAUUCAAAGCGCUUGGAUUGGUUUAUGUUCACCCAACAUUGAGGAAUGCUGACGCAUAAACUGACUAGCCGCGUCUUCAAAUUUCCCUAUUUUAUAUUCUACAAUGCUUCGUGCGUUGGGGUUAUGUUCCGACGCCGUUCUCUGCAUGCUUUGUGGUUGCUUCCGCAGUCAUACAAUAUACGCAAAUUCCGC